AUGGCCUCAAGAGGAAGAAUCCAGCCCCUCCUCCGGACAGCGGCCCGGAGGCAGACGCUGCUGACCACCGGCAGCCGGCACGCCAUGCGGCAGAUCUCGGCCCCGGCCGUAGUCGCCGCCGCCGCCCGGUGCCUCUCGACCACGGCCGUGAGACCCUCAAAGGACCUAAAGGAGAUCAAGCUCACCGCCAACGCCUACCCGGACAUCAAGCGGGACUCGCGCUUCGCCCAGGUCACCGACGCCCACGUCGCCUGGUUCAAGGACCUGCUGGGCCCCUCCGGCCUCGUCGACGGCGUGACCACGAACGCGGCCGACGACCUGGCGGCUUUCAACGAGGACUGGCUGCGCAAGUACCGCGGCCAGUCUCAGCUCGUCCUCAAGCCCGCGUCCACGGAAGAGGUCAGCAAGAUCCUCAAGUACUGCAACGAGCACAAGCUCGCCGUCGUGCCCCAGGGAGGCAACACGGGUCUCGUAGGCGGCUCCGUCCCCGUCUUUGACGAGAUCGUCAUCAACAUGAGCCGCAUGAACCAGAUCCGCUCAUUCGACGACGUCAGCGGUACUCUCGUCGUCGACGCCGGCGUCAUUCUCGAGGUUGCUGACAAGUACCUCGCCGAGCACGGCUACAUCUUCCCCCUCGACCUCGGAGCCAAGGGCUCCUGCCACGUCGGCGGCAAUGUCGCCACAAACGCCGGCGGACUGCGUCUGCUGCGUUACGGCAGCCUCCACGGCAACGUCCUCGGUCUCGAGGCCGUCCUGCCCGACGGCACCAUCGUCGACGAUCUCUGCACCCUGCGCAAGAACAACACGGGCUACGACCUCAAGCAGCUCUUCAUCGGCGGCGAGGGCACCAUCGGCAUCAUCACCAAGGUCUCCAUCAUCUGCCCGCAGCGCUCCCAGGCCGUCAACGUCGCCUUCUUCGGCCUCGAGUCGUACGACAAGGCCCAGCAGGCGUUCAAGGCCGCCAAGGGCCAGCUCGGCGAGAUCCUCUCCGCCUUCGAGCUCAUGGACGGCCGCAGCCAGGACCUCGUCCACGCCGUCAGGGGCAACAAGCGCCCGCUCGAGGGCGACCACCCGUUCUACUGCCUGGUCGAGACGAGCGGCUCCAACGGCGACCACGACUACGAGAAGCUCGAGAAGUUCCUCGAGGACGUCAUGUCCAACGAGAUCGUCGAGGACGGCGUGCUCGCGCAGGACGAGACGCAGAGCAAGGCGCUCUGGGGCUGGCGCGAGGGCAUCCCCGAGUGCCUGGGCCACUGGGGCGGCACGUACAAGUACGACGUGUCCAUCCCGCUCAAGGAGCUCUACCAGCUCGUCGACGACACCAAGGCCAGGAUGGAGGAGGCCGGGCUCGUCGGCAACACGGACGACUUCCCCGCGGUGGGUGUCGUCGGCUACGGCCACAUGGGCGACUCGAACCUUCACCUCAACGUCGCCGUCAGACGAUACGACCCCCGCAUCGAGAAGGUCCUGGAGCCGUUCGUCUACGAGUGGAUCCAGGAGCGCAAUGGCAGCAUCAGCGCCGAGCACGGCUUGGGCGUGGCGAAGAAGAAGUUCAUCGGCUACAGCCGAAACGAGAGCAUGGUUGGUCUGAUGAAGCAGAUCAAGAAUCUCUAUGACCCGUGCGACAACGAACGACCGUACUGUCGGAAAUGCAUCGACAGCGGCCGAGAAUGCGCGGGGUACGAGCGCGAAAUGGUCUUCAUCACCGCAACCAUCGACGACGGCGGCCGAUGCUCGUCCCACCCUCCGCGCCAGGUUAACCCACCGAGGAGAUCCCCAAAGCCCAAGGUCGAAGAGGAAACUGUACCUCGCCCCGUACCGACGGAGCCACUAGCCCCCGCCUGGGAUGACUUGGUCUCCGUUUCCAAUAACGGCGUCGUGUAUUCGGUGCAGAUCGCGGCUUUGCAUACCAAGCUUCAGAGCAUCAUGCGGGGCGGUGAAGACCAAAGUCAGUUUGGGUUUCGAGUUGCCUUACCGCCCUACUCGUUGGUCGACUUAGAAACUUGGGAAAAUGGCGGCGAGAUGAAUGUGGCUGCGCAGACAAUGCUCAGUCUUCUGCCUGCUGGGAAUGGGGUUGGCCAGCCGGAGGGCCUCUGUGCUUUCCUGUUUGAGGUUGGUUCGGUGUACUCUCCCUGCAGGCUGGCCAUUAACACAGAACAGCAAACCCCUUCACUUCUUAUGACGAAUACUGUGACCCCGUGGGGAGCCCCUCAGGAGCACCAGGAUGCCGUGAAGAGUUUUGGCCCAGAAUACUUCAAACAAUUCCCAUCUCACCACUUCUUCGUCAGGGUAUACAGAUGUAGUGCUAUUACCCUCGCCCUCUUCCAGAGGAAACCGACGUUUCUGGCCUCUUUCGACUGGUGCACCAUCCCCUGGGAGAUGCACCCCAAGUCUAUGUUCGAUAGACUGUUCGAUAUCAUUGUCCACGUCCCCGGUAUCCUUGCGAAAGUGGAUCGAACAAUACCUUAUGCUGCAACUUUACAGCGGCGACUGAAGGCCCAGGAGUUGUUGAGCAACUGUUUGCAGGUUGAGCAGCAGCUCGAUGAAUGGGAUUCCUUCGCCCGCUCCCCUACUCUUGAGCAUCCAUACGCUUACUGGAUCGAAGAAGCGGACGACCAAGAGUUGCCGCAGGGUCCCUUCGCCGAUCCCUUCGCCGAUAGCCUUGCCUUCAAGGACGGCGUAACUGCCGUCAUGUUCCUGUACUAUUGGAUGACUCUGCUCAUCCUCCAUCGGUGCGUCGAAAGCCUGCAUCACGUCAUCUUCCAACCCGUGAUCGAGGACUUCCCAAAUAUGUAUCCCGACUUGCCGCCCCAUUUACAAAUCAACCUUGCGAGGUAUCAACAGCGACGAGAUUUUGCUGCGAGAAUUUGUCGCGCCCUGGACUUCGCCGUGAGUACAACUGUCCAGCCCGAUUUGCUGGUGGCACCUCUUGCCGCGGCGUUGGAAUUCUACAGAGAACUGAAUGCGUCCUCGAGGGACGGGGAGCUGGAGAUCAUGUGGUGCGAAAACUUCAAGUUAAGAUUGGUCUCCAAAGGACAAGACAUCGCCAACGUCCUUCAGAGUCGACAAUGGGCCGACAUUGGAGGAUUUUGA